CGAAUCAGUGAUCUCAUUCGCUCGUCCUGCAAUCAUCCUUUUCCGCUUUAAAAGGAAAAAAAAAAAAAAUCUCUUUUUGAAGACCGAAUCCAACCCGCUCAGCUCCUUCCAUUCUUCCAUUCUCCAUCGCUCCCCGCGGCAGCACCUGCAGCAGCCAUGGCCUCCUCCGCCAACCCGGCCCUGGAUCUGGACCUCGACCGGCCCGACAACCCGGCCCACGAGCUCGCCCAGUUCGGCGCCGGCUGCUUCUGGGGGGUGGAGCUGGCGUUCCAGCGGGUCCCCGGCGUGGUCAAGACCGAGGUCGGGUACUCGCAGGGCCACGCGCCCGACCCGACCUACAAGCUGGUCUGCUCCGGGACGACGAACCACGUGGAGGUGGUCCGGGUCCAGUUCGACCCGGCGGUCUGCCCCUACGCCGACCUCCUCGCCCUCUUCUGGUCCCGCCACGACCCCACCACGCUGAAUCGCCAGGGAGGUGAUGUGGGGACGCAGUACCGGUCGGGGAUAUACUACUACAAUGAAACGCAGGCACGCCUUGCGCGGGAAUCCCUGGAAGCCAAGCAGUUGGAGUACAAGGACAAGAAGAUCACGACCGAGAUCCUCCCGGCGAAGAGGUUCUACCGAGCUGAGGAGUACCACCAGCAGUAUCUCCAGAAGGGUGGCCGUCAAGGUGACAAACAGUCCGCCGAGAAGGGUUGCACUGACCCCAUCAGAUGCUAUGGUUGAAUUCUUCCUGCAAUCGAUGGUGCAAUAAUAAUGUCUUAUCUAGUGUCCGUAGCUUUGGCUUGGCCACUGGGUUGAUAUGUUUCGUCAAUCUGUUAUUUGCUUUUGAACGCUUAACUCUCUCCUUAAGUGACUACUCUCAUCGUGGUCUUAUUUGGCGCUCUCUACUUUUAGAUUUUGAGUCUUGGGUACAUUAGGAACUUGUAGUAAAGGGCAUCUUAUAGAACAAGUUCUUGUCAUGAUCCAGCAUUGUGAAUUGGCCGAUGAUGGAAGAGCUUAUCCCAAACACUUGGUUCUGAUA